AGGCCAGCCCAAAGCUGAGGCAGGUCUGAAGGUCAGGAAUGCCUCCCAGGGAUCCCUUUUCCAGCAAGGACAAAACGUGUGCCUGUGGGCUGCCGGAGGCCGUGCAGAACUUGCUGGGGCCAGGCCAACCUGCUCUGAGGCCUCUGAGGACAGAGGACAGGAGAGGGAGAGCCACCCAGGAGGCCGGAGUCCAGGAGCUCCUUGCUGCAGCCUGAAGCCCUCAAAGCUGGCGAAGUUCGGGGAGCUUACUGAUCUCCAGUCGUUCUGUUGAGAAAAAGAUCAGCCCUAUUUGCAUGGAGACCAGGGAUGGUGACCAUUUGCAAAGGCCCCGGAAGGAAUCGGCAGGGGGUUCAUGGGAAAUUGCUGACGAGCUGGCCAAGGCGAGACCUGAGCCACUCUCGGAAGAAGAAAAGACGCCCCUCCCUGAUGAGAUCCAAGAAGACAAAGAACCCCGUUACCCCAACCGGAUUCACAGAAAGUCCGUCUUCAACCGCACCGUGAAACGCAGGAGCAAAGGCAAGGCUGGCGACACUUCUGAGCCGGGCCCUGGGCAUCUGGCAGAUUCACCGGAAAAUGGAAAACCUGUAAAAGAGCCCCCGGCCUUCGGUUUCUCCCAGAACGAAAGGCCCCUUUGGCGAAGGCGGACCCCGACGGACCCAGGAGCCGAGAGAACCAGCGAGUCGUCCUCCACCCCGGGAAAUGGGGCCACGCCCGAGGAGUGCCCGGCGCUGGCGGACAGCCCCACCACGCUCACCGAGGCCCUGCAGAUGAUCCGCCCCAUUCCCACCGACUCCUGGAGGAACCUCAUCGAGCAAAUAGGGCUCCUGUAUCAGGAAUACCGAGACAAGUCCACUCUCCAGGAAAUUGAAACCCGGAGGCAACAGGAUGCAGAGGUCACUGACCACGGUUCCCAGGCCAGCGAGGAGGCUCCGGAGGAGGAGGAAGAGGAGGAGGAGGAGGAGCAGGAGGAGCCGGCCAGCCCGCCCGAGAGGAAGGCGCUGCCCCAGAUCUGCCUGCUCAGCAACCCGCACUCGCGGUUUAAUCUCUGGCAGGAUCUCCCGGAGAUUCAGAGCAGCGGGGUGCUGGACAUCCUCCAGCCCGAGGAGAUCAAGCUGCAGGAGGCCAUGUUCGAGCUGGUCACCUCCGAGGCGUCCUACUACAAGAGCCUGAGCCUGCUGGUGUCCCACUUCAUGGAGAACGAGCGGCUGAAGAAGAUCCUGCACCCGUCCGAGGCCCACAUCCUCUUCUCCAACGUCCUGGACGUCAUGGCCGUCAGCGAGCGGUUCCUCCUGGAGCUGGAGCGCCGGAUGGAGGAGAACGUGGUCAUCUCGGACGUGUGUGACAUCGUGCACCACUACGCGGCCAACCACUUCUCGGUCUACAUCACCUACGUCAGCAACCAGACCUACCAGGAGAGGACCUACAAGCAGCUGCUGCAGGAGAAAGCGGCCUUUCGGGAGCUGAUCUCGCAGCUGGAGCUCGACCCCAAGUGUCGGGGGCUGCCCCUCUCCUCCUUCCUCAUCCUGCCUUUCCAGAGGAUCACGCGCCUCAAGCUACUGGUGCAGAACAUCCUGAAGAGAGUGGAGGAGAGGUCGGAGCGGGAGUGCACCGCCUUGGACGCCCACAAGGAGCUGGAACUGGUGGUGAAAGCGUGCAACGAGGGCGUGCGGAAGAUGAGCCGCACGGAGCAGAUGAUCAGCAUUCAGAAGAAGAUGGAGUUUAAGAUCAAGUCGGUGCCCAUCAUCUCGCACUCCCGCUGGCUGCUGAAGCAGGGCGAGCUGCAGCGGAUGUCCGGCCCCAAGACCUCCCGCACCCUGCGGACCAAGAAACUCUUCCAGGAGAUUUACCUCUUCCUCUUCAACGACCUGCUGGUGAUCUGCCGGCAGAUCCCGGGAGACAAGUACCAGGUGUUUGACUCGGCGCCGCGGGGCCUGCUCCGCGUGGAGGAGCUGGAGGACCAGGGCCAGACGCUGGCCAACGUGUUCAUCCUGCGGCUGCUCGAGAACUCGGACGACCGCGAGGCCACCUACAUGCUGAAGGCGUCCUCCCAGAGUGAGAUGAAGCGCUGGAUGACCUCACUGGCCCCCAACCGGAGAACCAAGUUUGUUUCCUUCACGUCCCGGCUGCUGGACUGCCCCCAGGUCCAGUGCGUGCACCCGUACGUGGCCCAGCAGCCCGAUGAGCUGACGCUGGAGCUGGCCGACAUCCUUAACAUCCUGGACAAGACGGAGGACGGGUGGGUCUUUGGCGAGCGUCUGCACGACCAGGAGAGAGGCUGGUUCCCCAGCAGCAUGACCGAGGAGAUCUUGAACCCCAAGAUCCGAUCGCAGAACCUCAAGGAGUGCUUCCGGGUGCACAAGAUGGAGGACCCUCAGCGCAGCCAGAACAAGGACCGCAGGAAGCUAGGCAGCCGGAACCGGCAAUGACCCCCGGCUCCCAGCCAGGCCAGGGGUGUGGGAGGGUGGGAGCAGGGCCCGGCGGGCGAUCCCGUGGACUACGGAGGGGCUCUGGGGACAGGCAACCCUGGGGGGGGGGUCGCCCCCGCCCCGCACCCCUGCCACGUGUGAAUGCUCAUGCGUCUCGGCCCCUUGCCUGCAAACUGGAGAAGCGGUGCCCACGCCUUUCCUCCGAGGCACUUGCAGAUGAGAAAGUGUAUUUUAAACAGUGUUACGCCACCUCUCCCUCUGUCUCUUAGAGGGGGUGGGCGGGGACUGGCAUGCUCCAGGGGCCUGGCCAGGCACUGGAAGAGGCCCCAGGCCCGGGUGUCCCUGGCCCAGGGCAGGUGCGACAGUGGUGACUGCCAUGACCCCCUGCACGUGCCCUUCUCCACCUGGAAGCGUUCGCAUCCACCAGGCUCACUGCCCUCGCCCGGUGAGCUCGCUGAGCGGCCCUCGGUCCCCAGUUUAUGAAACUGAGAGACCCACCGCCUCCAUCUGCCCCUGCCAUCCCCUGGCUGCACGGCCAGGCCCUGCCUCGAGUUGCAGGCCGGCCUCCCAGAGCCUGGCCGAGGGCCCUGCCGCCUCUGGCUCCCCCAUGGGCCGGCUGUACCUUGUGUCUUCCGGCCCCCAAGGGGGCCUGGGUAUUGUAAGGAAUGAACUGGUCACUGCAUCCUGUAUUGGUUAUGGUUCCAAGAAAAGCAAAUACCAUUUUUUGGCUGCAUUAAAAGAAGCAUCAUGUAUGAAAUAAA